GUAACACUUGUUCGUUCUCUCAGUUCACUCUGCAACGCACAACAGAUAUGACAGCUCGCAAGGGAUUAUUAGAGAGACUCCGCGAGGGUCCAGUUAUUGGAGAUGGAGGGUUUGUUUUCCAACUAGAGAAAAGAGGAUAUGUUAAGGCUGGUCCCUGGACCCCGGAAGCAUCAGUUACUCAUACUGAUGCUGUCAGAAGCCUGCACAGGGAUUUCCUGAGAGCAGGUUCUGACGUUAUGCAAGCAUUCACCUUCUACGCUACUGAAGACAAGCUGGUCAACCGAGGGAAUAAAGCCGGGGAAACUAUUGGGGUUGAUAAGAUUAACAGAGCGUCCUCUAAGCUUGCCCGUGAGGUUGCAGCUGAAGGCGAUGCUCUAACCCUGGGAGGAAUCUCCCAAUGUCCGUCCUAUCUCUCCGGGAUGUCCAAGGACGAUGUCAAGGCUGAGUACAGGAAGCAGAUUAAAGUAUUUGUCGAGGAAGAAAUGGAUUUUCUACUCUGUGAGUAUUUCGAGCACAUAGAGGAGAUGGAGUGGGCUAUUGAGACCUGUAAAGAAACGGACAAGGUCGUGGCAGCGUCCAUGUGUAUUGGUCCAGAAGGAGAUAUGCACGGAGUGUCAGCGGCAGAAUGCGCCGUCAGGAUGGCUCGAGCCGGAGCAGAUGUAGUUGGUGUAAACUGCCACUUUGAUCCUUUUGUCUCGCUGGAGGCGCUGAAGAAGAUGAAGGAAGGGUUGGAGGCAGCAGGACUUAAACCUUUUCUCAUGUGUCAACCUCUAGCCUAUCAUACACCAGACGCUGGCAAGCAAGGGUUUAUUGAUCUACCAGAAUUCCCUUUUGGUUUAGAGGCAAGAAUAUGUACUAGAUGGGACAUGCAUAAGUAUGCGAGGGAGGCCUAUGAGCUUGGAGUCCGAUAUAUCGGAGGAUGUUGCGGAUUCGAACCUUAUCAUAUCCGAGCAGUAGCAGAGGAGCUUGCUAAGGAGAGAGGACGUUUUCCUCCUGGCUCCGAUAUGCACGAUGCCUGGGGAAAAGGACUAGAAAUGCACACUAAACCAUGGGUCCGCGCACGCGCAAACAGAGAGUAUUGGGAGAAGUUGAUGCCAGCCAGUGGUCGGCCAUAUUGUUCAAGUAUGUCCUGUCCAGAUAACUGGGGAGUAACACAAGGAGAUAGUGUUCUUAAACAACAAGCAACUUCUACCUCUAGCGAGGAAAUCGCUAAACUCAAAGCGAUGCAAGACCAGAAGAAGGCUUGAAGUUUAGAUUGUAAUCCAUGAUUAAUGAAUAGAGUUAAUGUUUAGAUUUUAGAAAAUAUUUUUUGCCGAAAUAGUUUUAAAAUGAUAAAGGUAAGUUUUUCCACAAUAUUCACAAGUGUUUAAAUGAAAAUUGUAAAUGCACUCAGAUAUAUAAUUAUUCAGCGGUCGAAACUAUUCUGUAGAGUAUCGUUAACCUUAAAAGCUUAAUCUCGAUAUCCAAUGUAAACACUUUUAAUUAAUUAUUGAACCAUCAAUUAGAAUUAUUCACCAUACAAAAGAUCACAACUUCAAAAGAUUUUUAUAGCGAACAUUUAGUUCAAACACGGUGACAAAUUGAUAUCUCAAUAUUUUGUGUUUUUGUUGAAAUACAUAAAUAUAACAUAA